GGGGGAGGGGACCCCUCUCCGCCAGAAGCGGCGAUGGCGACGGGAGAUGGAGGCGAGGAGGAGCCGCCGCGGGGAAAGGAAGCCGGGCCGCACCUCGGGCCCAGCGGCGACCUGGGGCAAAUGGACAAACGAAGGUUAUGCCGAGACCCCCCGGUAGAGAAAAGAGGUCCCUACAUUAUGCACAAACCGUCUUCUAUUCAGGAUAAGCUACAAAAACAUCGCGAGAUGGCGAAGGCAAUGCUGCGGAAAAAGGGGGUGCUUUCAGGAGCUGUCCGGCAACAGCCCAAAGUAGGAGGCGUGAGGACGGUGAAAUUCAACAAGGGCUACACUGCGCUCAGCCAGACCUCAGAUGAAACUUUGGUGGCCCUUGAUUCCGACAGUGAUGACCUGGAAUCAAGAUGUUCUUCCGGUUACUCCUCAGCCGAGGUCAACCAGGAUCUCAGUCGGCAAUUGCUGCAGGACGGCUACCGCUUGGAUGAGAUCCCCGACGACGAGGAUCUCGACCUGAUCCCCCCAAAGCCCAUUUCGUCCUCGCUCUGCUCCUGUUGCUUUGGCGACUCUGCCUCCUGCUCCAUCCAAUAGGAAGAAGCCUCGGAGGGCUGCACUAACACGGGUCAAGGAUUCAGCACUUUGCUUUUCCCAGUUCCUCUCUUUGUUUUGGAUCCCUGCUGAGCCCAGCCCUGAACUUUAGGUCAAAUCAGCGGGACUGGUGUGUGUGUUGGUGUGUGUGCGGGGGCAACCCUAGAGAUUCGGCCCCUGGAAGGGCAAGGCACUGCACUGUUGGCACCUUGCUCAGCGCUCCAAGCGUCUUCUGGAUGGUGCAAUCUAGAAGUGUAUUAAGUGUUAAGUGUUCAGGAGGCUGGUGGGGUUUACCCCAUGCAAAAGAUAGGUUGGUUCUCUGGACAGGUUCGGCACUCCUGAGGGACUAAUCAGGAGGCAAGGGUCACUCCCCAUAAAAGGUGAACAGAAAACCUGUGUGUGUGUAUGUGCGUGUAAAAGUGAACAAUAGCAAUUCCGAUGACUAGGCUUACAAUACAUUGGGGUUGCGGAGGUCAAUACACAGAAGGAAAAUAAACCCUCAGUGCUGCAUAGAGACAAGAAGGAAGAGAUUUAUUCCCAGGUUGCUUUUUCUGACGAGAGCGAAGUUCUUGAGAUGUUUUCUGCAGGACCCCUUUAGAAUGGGGAGCUUGUCUUGCACAAGGUGGGCAGAGCAGGUUGCGCCAAGUUUUCUUGAGGACGGGGGCCUUUUCUUUGUCUCCAGCCAGCCUGUCGACGGCUUUAGUUCUACAACCAUUGGGUCGCUCCCUCCGUUCCCUUUAGGAAGGAAGUAAAAGGGAAGGAGCUCAAAAGUUCUAAUAUUCAGCCUUGAAUUGAUCUCCUGAAAGAGUCUCAAGGCAACCUAACCUUAGCAAUAGCUUAUCCUUCUGUUUGAAGGUUGACCCUUUCAGACCUAUGGGCAGUUGGGCAACGAAGCUGCCAAUCUUCUGGAAAACUACUAGCCUUAAUGUGUGGAGAGAUGGCUGACAAUUCUUGAACAAAUUGAACUAUUUGGUAGAUGGGAUUUUGUGGCGGGGGUCGCGUUGGACCCAUUUCCUUUUUGGGGGAGGUUAAAGGGAAUAACAGGGAAGCUAAAUGGGGAGGACAAGGUUGAAUCUUUUUAGAUACCUGGCCUCAUCAGCUUUGCAGGUCAUAUACAGCUCUUAACGUUCUCAAGCUAUCCGUUACUAUUAAUGUUCUCUAAACUUGGGGAUCCUUUAAAUGUACUUAAAUGUCUUAUCAUCCCCCUGCUUAGAAACAGCCUGUGAAGACCACCAAGGGUCUUCUGCAUUAAAAUAACCCAUGGAAAAGGACCCUUGCAUGCUCUUGGCCCAUUUCAUCCCUGGACCUUGUAGGAAAGGAUGAGUUUUAGGCAGCUUGCAGAGAUUGUGAAAGGGUGUAACUUGUGUGGCAAGGAGUUCUGGGGGAAGAAGAGUCAAGAUCUAGUCUUCCGAGAUCAUCAGCACUGACUGACCCAGAAACGGUCCGUCCCUGACCAUUUAAAAUCAGUUGUUCUGAAGUAGCAUGUCUCAACCGACAUGUCGGAGAUGUUGGUGGGACAGCCGGGAUAUCCAUCUCUAAUGACAAGGUGUGGUGGGGAUUUCUGGAUGUUGGAUAGGAUGUUCUGGAUCUUGGAUGGGAGAUGUUGUACUCUAUGAGGGUGUAGUGGAGUUCAUCAACAUGAAAUUGUCCAUCUUCAUUGGUUGGGGGGGACGGACUCAAUGUCAUCUCCCAAGUUUGAUCGUAGAAGUUCUUCCACUGCGUUCUUGCAAUUUGAGAAGGGUGUCCCAGUGUCGACAUCCUAAACAUCUCGCUCCUGGUUGCAGCCCCCCCCCCCAAAAAAAAAAUAUUAAGGCCAUUUGUUCCUCAUACGCACAACUUGCUCUUGAGGCUUACGUCUUGUGGCUGCCAAAUCACAAUGGAAUUAACUUGCCAUGGCCAGCUUGGCAAUUCCACUUCAUUAUUUGAAAUAAUUUUUAAAAUUAUUUUAAUUUCGGUCAUUCAUAUUUCAUUUGGUCCCUCCUUUUGCAUCCUUCCUUUAAGGAUUCUGUUCCAUCAUUGCUUCGAUAUAUUAGUGUAACUCUUGCCCCACGGCAAGUUGGCUGCGGUGAAUUGUCAUAGACCCUUCUCAAAGUCAACAUCUUUUGACACGGUCCAGGGUGAAACACAAAGAUGCCACUGGAAAUUACGCAGAGCUUCCUAACGUGGACUGCAAAAGCUGUGGGUGGCCAGUAGAUGGCAGCCAAAACACAGCAUUACAUUACGGCUGCUUCUAGGCUGCCUUCUACUGGUUUAUCUGGAUUUUUUCAGUCCCAAAUCUGAUUUCUCCAGGCAUUUUUAAUCAAAACUAUCCAGUUACUAGCAGGUACAUUAGUUUGGGUUUUAUUUUUUAUUUUUUUCCACUGCUGGGAAACCUCAGCAGCAAAUUGAUUUUUUAAAAAAGUGACCUUGUAUGUACAACUCUUUGCACAAUUGGCUUGGUAGAGCUAUAAAAUCAGCAUUUCCCAAUCUUUUCCAUCCAUCCGUGCCGUAUUACAAUCGGUAGAAAUUCAGACUUGGAAGUCUUAACCACCGAAGAGGUGGCAAAUGCUAGGUUAGAGGAAGUUGUACUGAUAGUGGCGAAUAUUAUAGUAUACUGGCAAAAAUUGUACUAAGCUAAACCAAUAUCUUUGGUUUCUCUAUUUUUUUCAAAAAAGCUACAGUUCCUUUCCAUUUAUUAGGAAAAAAAGGCUGAUUUGUUGGCCAGAUCGCCACAGAUGCUUUUUGUCCAGGACAGAAACUACAAUGUUCACAACGGAGCCCAUGUUACUCAUGCACUGUUCGUUCAAUGAACUUUAAUGACGAGCAUCUUCAUAGACACUCAGAAUUUAAGGGUUAGAUGGGACCUUAAAGAUCAUCUAGUCCAGGGUUCUCCAAACUUGGCAACUCUGGGACUUGUGAAGACUUCCAACUCCCAGAAUUCAGCUAGCAUUGAAAUCUUGGAGUUGAAGUCCAGAAGUCUUACAAGUCACCAAGUUUAAAAAUUCCUGAUCUAAUCCAAAGCCUAUAUAUAUAAGAUAUAUAUAUAUAUAUACAUAUAUAUACAUUUAUAUACAUAUAUGGUCUUUGGUUGUUCGGGUUUUCUCCCGUGUAAAAUUGGAAGUGUCUUGGCGACGUUUCGACGAAGUCUCAUUCGUCAUCUUCAGGCUUCAGCUUGUAUAAUAAUAUAUAUUAUAAUAUAUAUUAUUAUAUAAUAUAUAUUAUGUGUACAAUGUCACACAUUGCUCCCAGAAGCACGAAGCUGAAGCCUGAAGGUGCUGAAUGAGACUUCGUCGAAAUUUUGCAAGGAAAAAAUUAAGAUACUAGCAGGCAUUGUACAAACACAUCUUCACUGGGCUCUUUGCUGCAAAGCUGAGUGAACGGAUGAUUCUACAGGCAUUUUUAGAACAGACACCCAUUAAAUCUGCCCAGUAGACUUUAUUUUUAAAGCUGCCUUAAAGCACUAAAAUGCAUUACAUGAAGUUGUUUUAAAAAAAAAAAAAAAAACCUGAAUAGCACAGAAGACAAUCUUACGGGAUAUUUAAUAUUAUUGUAUACUCGGUUCAUUGUGUAUCUUUUUUUGUGUGUGUACAGUUUAACCAAGGAAAGCGUCCAACAAAUAAAAUACCUUCUACGCUA